AUGGAAUUUAAGGAUGUCUCCUCGAAUUGGAAAAAGCUUCAAGCCAUUCUAGUGACAGAAAAGCAAGCUCAAGCCCCGAAAGACAGCAGUAAUGCCACAUUAAAGCGCAAACAUCCCCCAUCUGCCACAACGGCAGCAGCAGCACCACCCCCACGAAAGAGAUACAAGCCCAGCACCUACAAGCAAUCCCGAUCCAAAGCUGUCAUGGACACACAAAUUGAGCAGAAGUUUCAAGUUGAGACGACAAUCAACGCCGGUCUCUCCUCUACAGUAAACAUAGGCAAAUACAUCGCUCUAGACUGCGAAAUGGUGGGUGUCGGUCCAAACGGUCAAGAAUCCGCUCUCGCCCGCGUCAGUAUCGUCAACUUCAAUGGCGAGCAAGUCUACGAUUCCUACGUUCAGCCUAAAGAGGUCGUGAUGGACUACCGCACCCACGUUUCGGGCAUAAAACCUUCCCACCUCAAUCCCAAUACAGCGCGGACUUUCGAAGAGGUGCAACGCGAUGUCGCAUCCAUCUUAAAAGACCGGGUCGUGGUCGGACAUGCCUUGAAACACGAUUUCAAGGUCUUGCUACUGGACCACCCAGUCCGAGAUAUACGCGAUACAAGUCGGCAUGCGCCCUACAAGAAGAUUUCAGGUGGGACACCGAAGUUGAGUCUGCUUGCGAGUCAGCUGCUUGGGCUGGAGAUACAGAGUGGCGAGCAUAGCAGUUUGGAAGAUGCACGAGCGUGCAUGUUACUGUUCAAGAGGGAUAAAGACGCUUUUGAGGUGAAGAGGCCGAAGGGAGUGAAGAAAGCGUGA